AUGUCAUCACACGAAACUUAUUUUAUAACUGGAGGUAACCGUGGAAUCGGGUACGAAUUGGUCAAGCAAAUUGCGUCAAACAAAAACAACAAAGUUAUAGCUAGUGUUAGAAAACCUUCGAGUGCUACACCAUUGAUUGAGUUGAAUAAGCAACUUGGGAAUAUUUCUGUCGUCACACUUGAUAUUGGCGAUGAGAAAGACAUUUUGAAUCUUUCGAAGCAGUUAGCUGAAGUAACUGAUGGAAUAGAUGUCUUUAUUUCAAAUGCUGGUAUUUCAGAUUCAUACUAUACUAUCUUAGAUUUACCUGUGGAUAUCUGGAAGGAACAUUUACAAGUCAAUACCUUGGGACCCAUCUUAAUUUUUAAACAAGUCUAUCCUUUUCUUCUCAAAAAAGAUACCAGAAAAGUAGUCUUUACUUCCAGCUUGGCAGGAUCAAUACAGGACAUGCCUUCGCUUUCUUUUAGUGCCUAUGGACAGUCUAAAGCUGCAUUAAAUUAUGUGAUGAAGGAAUUGAGUUUCGAAGUACCUGAUGGUUUCAAAGUGAUCAGUUUUCAUCCUGGUAUGGUUAGCACAGACAUGGGAAAACUUGGUCUCAAAAUUCUACCUGAAUUGAAAGAAUUAACACCGAUUACCCCAGCAGAGAGUGCAAAAAGUGAAAUCGAAAUAAUCAAUCACUUAACAAGAGAUGAUAAUGGUAAAUUUUAUUCUUAUGAUGGCUCUGCUAUACUGUUUUGA